UUUUUGGGCGCUGCCGCUGCCGCUGCCUCGCCUUGCAGCAGCGCACGCGCACGCGCACGCGCACCCGCGCGCCCGAGCAGCGGCACAGCGCCAAAAAAAAAAUGGCGGACGACGAGCGCGAGCGCCCCAUCUCGUACGGAGAUCUGCGCUUCCGAAGCGAUCGGAGACAAGGCACGUGCCUUUUCUGGGUGGUGCCGGCCGUCGCCGCCGGCUUCAACGUGCCGUCCUUCUACGCGAGGUUCUUUGACACAUCGGGAGCAGCCACUGAGAUAGAUCAGCCCGCGCCACCAGCCGCUCAAGCAUGAUGAGUCCAGCUUAUGUCUGUGUUGGUGGCGCAUGCAUGGCGGCCUGCGCCGCCGUGCGGCGGCGUCGUGUCGGUGGACGUCGCUCACCUAUCUCGCGGCGAGUGUGUCCGCCCAGGCCCCAGCGCGUUCGGCAUUCUGCUGCUCGUCCUGCAGCCCAGCGGCUCGCCGCGGCGCGCAUUGCUACAGACCUAGACGCCAUAUACCUGUCAGGGCGCAUGGGUAUGCAAAGCAGGGAUCGUUUGCUUCUCUUCUUUGUAACAAGCUCCCCCGCACUCGUA